AUGGGAGAGAACCUACCAAAGACUGCACUUGAAGUUGACGACCCUAGAUCCAGUGACGUAUCUGAAGCUAUGCAGCUGGGACAAGACGUUGCCCAUGUAACGAGAAACCCGGAGAACUCAGCUAUACUCGCUCCUAUGAGUCAACCCGAUGCACUCAGCCCUGCUGAAUCCAACCCUGGACUUAACCCCGCAGGACUCAACUUUACACGUCACCCUGAUGAACUUGCUCUGGAGGAUCAUCCUGCUGAAUUUCAGUCGGCUGAACACAGUCCUGCUAGACUCAACCCUACUGGGCUCAUUCCUGCAGUCCAUUCUACUGCCGGGCGCCUUCCUGUGGACCCUAGUUCGGCUAACCAUGACCGACCUACUGGUCGCCUUGAUUUUGGUGGAGAUCCUUCGCUGGGACAUGUCAAUCCUGCGAGUCCUGCUGCCCCUGUCGUCGGAAGAGGUUUAUUGGCGGAGUCAAAUGUCGACGACAGAACUCGUUUGCAAAUUAUGGAUCAGGAACUGGCGCAACUAAAGGAGGCCGUCCGCAUGCAAACGAAUCUGAUCCAAAGGUUAUGCAGUCACGUUGAGGGACAGAGCACAAGCACGAGGAUGGGGCAUUCGCGUGAGGAGCGUCGGUUACCUGUGGCUGGUGAGUUGGCUCAUAAUAUUUUUGCUUCCACCCCUUUGGGGGUUUGUAGUCGGCCCCGGAUGGGUUUUGCGCCGUUGGCUGGUGUGGCCCCUGUAACGGGUAAUGUAACUUUUUCGGAUCAAGAGGUUCGCCAAGUAAUAAUGUCCCUAUCGACUCGCCAAUUUGGCGAUGUCGACAAUCUCUGUCGGAAGCCCACUUUCUCAGCUUUUCCUCAGGAAAACCCGGUAAAAUUUCUUUCAAAUGUUAAAGAAUAUAGUGAGGUCUGCCAAAUCCCUCAGGCCAACCUUGUCUUGUUUGUGAAAAAUUGCCUUCACCAUUCAGCCGCCGUUUGGGCAAACACUCUAUCGAGUGGUAUCGAUUUUAACCAAUUUAGCACCGAAUUUUUAUCUUUUUUUUGGUCCCCCGAAAAACAAACUUACUUACGGCGACAUGUUUUGGGCAUGAAGUACCAUCGGGAUGGAAGGGCUAGCAUGACUGAAUUCUUCAUGAAGCAGUAUGGUAGUCUUAAGGGCCUAAGUCCAAACCUAAGUGAAGUUGAAAUUGUAUAUGAGAUUUUACAACAAUUUCCCUACGGCGUUCAAUCAUUGUGGAUCGCGUCAGCUGACCGCAGUUUCCAGGGAACCCUAAAUUUUCUCGAGCGAUACGUCGCCUUGAGUAAGCCAUCUUCUUCCACCGCCACACUCCCUGCAUCUUUCGACCCCAAAUCACCUCCUCCACGCGCGGGAAACUUUCCCCGGGGAAAAUAA